AUAAAUCUCUCAGGGGGGGUAGAGGCGGCCAUUGCACAUACAUAGACCACUGAGAAAUUGUGAAUCUUCAGCUGAGUCUUGCAACAGCCACAGAAAAGACCCCACAAGUGGGGUACUGCAAACGCUGCAAACUGGCGAUGCAAACACAACGUCAUCUCGCAUUUCUCCACCAGCCGUGGGUGAAGUUCCUCGUAUGGUUGGAUAUCAAUCUCAGUGACCAUGGCAUGCGUGACACAGAUUGGUGCAGCAGUUGAC